AUGAAAGUCUUUUUUUCUCUUCUUCUAGUGUUUUGUAUUUCUUCACUUAGUAUGAGCUCUACACUUGUAAAUGAUAAUCAAGAUGGUCAAAAGUUUAAUGUUGUUAGUUAUGGUGCCAAGGGUGAUGGAAAUACAGAUGAUUCAAAUGCUUUUCUAAAAGCAUGGAGAGACGUGUGUGGUACUACUAAAGGAAACCCAACACUUAUAAUACCUAAAGACAAAAAAUUUAUGUUGCAACCUAUGAAAUUUCAAGGUCCUUGCAAAUCUGAAACAAUUAAUAUUGAGAUAAUGGGAACUAUUAUUGCUCCAAAAAAUAGAGAGAGUUGGAAAUUGGAUGAUAAUGAUAGUGAAUCAUGGAUUUCAUUCUCUCAUGUGAAUGGUCUUGUUAUCAGUGGAGAAGGAAUAAUUGAUGGUCAAGGUAGUUCCUGGUGGAACAAAGUUGGCGAAGCUGAUAGACCAACAGCUCUUCGAAUUAUUGGAUGUGAAAAUAUAAAACUAAGUGGUUUAAAACACAUCAAUAGUCCAAGAAAUCAUUUAAGCAUAACUUCGUGCACUGAUGCUUUAAUCUUCAAUCUUCAUAUGACUGCUCCAGAAGAUAGUCCUAACACUGAUGGGAUUGAUAUUUCAUCGUCAACAGAUAUAGUUAUUCAACAAUCAAUCAUCUCAACUGGAGACGAUUGUGUCGCUAUUAACUCAGGUUCCCGGUUCAUAAAUAUAAGUGAUGUUUUAUGUGGACCUGGUCAUGGCAUUAGUGUUGGAAGUCUUGGAAAAGGUGGAAGUUAUGCUACUGUGGAGGAUGUAUAUGUACGAAAUAUAACUUUCACGGGAACAACUAAUGGUGCUAGAAUCAAGACAUGGGCGGGAGGAUCCGGGUAUGCGAAAAAGAUAAUUUAUGAAGAUAUUAAACUUUUUGGUGUGAAGAAUCCAGUAAUUAUUGACCAGCAAUACAAUCCUUAUCUAGGAGAAAGUGAAGCUGUGAAAGUGAGUGAUGUUAUUUUCCGAAACAUUGAGGGAACUUCAAAUGAUGAGGAAGCAAUAGAAUUGAAUUGUGAUCGUAUUGGAUGUACUAAUAUUGUACUCGAAAAUAUUAAAAUAACUGGUCUUGAUGGAAAGAAAAUAUCUGCAUCAUGCAAAUAUGUACAAGGAUCAUGCUCUUCAUGCACACCAAAUGUCCCAUGUCUUGGUUGA